GGAGACGCAGCCGGAGAGAGACCGGAGAGGAGCCGAGCGCCCUCCUCCUCGGGCGCCCUGCCUCCAUCCGCGACCGGUGCCGUAGCUGGUAGGGCCAGGUGCCUCCUAGCCCGCGAGGCCGCCGCGCACCAGCCAGCGGUCUCUUGGGCGGCUUUGCCCCGGGACUGCACCUGGAAGCCGCCCCGAACGGGGAUGGUCAGCGGCUGCCGCCGUCUGGCACGCCAGAGGGACGCGGUGAGGGCACUAUGGCGCUGACGCCCCGGAGCGGGUCCUCGGCAGGCUCGUCCGUCCGGAGCUCUGGCUGCUGCUGUGGGCAGUCGCGUGGCGUCUGGUGCCAGGGCGUGCGCCCUCUGCACCUGCACGCGUGGAUUGUCACGGCACGGGGCUGCAGGCCAUCCCCAAGAACAUCCCACGGAACACCGAGCGCCUGGAACUCAAUGGCAACAACAUCACCCGGAUCCAUAAGAACGACUUUGCAGGGCUCAAGCAGCUGCGGGUGCUGCAGCUGAUGGAGAACCAGAUUGGAGUGGUGGAACGGGGGGCUCUGGACGACAUGAAGGAGCUGGAGCGGCUACGACUGAACCGGAACCAGCUGCACAUGUUACCAGAACUGCUGUUCCAGCAUAACCAGGCUCUGUCCAGGCUGGACCUGAGUGAGAACGCCAUCCAGGCUAUCCCCAGGAAGGCUUUCCGCGGAGCUACAGACCUCAAAAACUUACAGCUGGACAAGAACCAGAUCAGCUGCAUCGAGGAAGGCGCCUUCCGGGCUCUUCGGGGGCUGGAGGUGCUGACCCUGAACAACAACAACAUCACCACCAUCCCCGUGUCCAGCUUCAACCACAUGCCCAAGCUGCGGACCUUCCGCCUGCACUCCAACCACCUGUUCUGCGACUGCCACCUGGCCUGGCUCUCGCAAUGGCUGAGGCAGCGGCCAACCAUCGGGCUCUUCACCCAGUGCUCAGGCCCCGCCGGCCUGCGUGGCCUCAACGUAGCCGAGGUCCAGAAGAGCGAGUUCAGCUGCUCAGGCCAGGGGGAGGCAGGGCACGUGCCCUCUUGCACCCUCUCCUCCGGCUCCUGCCCGGCCAUGUGCUCCUGCAGCAACGGCAUUGUGGACUGCCGUGGCAAAGGCCUCACCGCCAUCCCUGCCAACCUGCCCGAGACCAUGACGGAGAUCCGCCUAGAGCUCAACGGAAUCAAGUCCAUUCCCCCGGGAGCCUUCUCUCCCUACAGAAAGCUUCGGAGGAUAGACCUGAGCAACAACCAGAUUGCAGAGAUCGCGCCUGAUGCCUUCCAGGGCCUCCGCUCCCUGAACUCACUGGUCCUCUAUGGGAACAAGAUCACGGACCUCCCCCGGGGUGUGUUUGGCGGCCUGUACAACCUGCAGCUCCUGCUCCUGAAUGCCAACAAGAUCAACUGCAUCCGGCCGGACGCCUUCCAGGACCUGCAGAACCUCUCGCUUCUCUCCCUGUACGACAACAAGAUCCAGAGCCUGGCCAAGGGCACCUUCACCUCCCUGCGGGCCAUCCAGACCCUGCAUCUGGCCCAGAACCCUUUCAUCUGUGACUGUAACCUCAAGUGGCUGGCGGACUUCCUGCGCACCAACCCCAUCGAGACGAGCGGGGCCCGCUGCGCCAGCCCCGGGCGCCUGGCCAACAAGCGCAUCGGGCAGAUCAAGAGCAAGAAGUUCCGGUGCUCAGCCAAAGAGCAGUACUUCAUUCCAGGCACGGAGGAUUAUCAGCUGAACAGCGAGUGCAACAGCGACGUGGUCUGUCCCCACAAGUGCCGCUGUGAGGCCGGCGUGGCGGAGUGCUCCAGCCUGAGGCUCACCAAGAUCCCCGAGCGCAUCCCCCAGUCCACCGCGGAGCUGCGAUUAAACAACAAUGAGAUCUCCAUCCUGGAGGCCACUGGCAUGUUUAAAAAACUCACCCAUCUGAAGAAAAUCAAUCUGAGCAACAACAAGGUGUCAGAAAUCGAAGACGGGGCCUUCGAGGGCGCUGCCUCUGUGAGCGAGCUGCACCUGACCGCCAACCAGCUGGAGUCCAUCCGCAGUGGCAUGUUCCGCGGCCUGGACGGCCUGAGGACCCUGAUGCUGAGGAACAAUCGUAUCAGCUGCAUCCACAACGACAGCUUCACGGGCCUGCGCAACGUCCGCCUCCUCUCGCUUUACGACAACCAGAUCGCCACCAUCUCCCCCGGAGCCUUCGACACCCUGCAGGCCCUCUCCACGCUAAACCUCCUGGCCAAUCCUUUCAACUGCAACUGCCAGCUGGCCUGGCUGGGCGACUGGCUGCGGAAGAGGAAGAUCGUGACCGGGAACCCGAGGUGCCAGAACCCAGACUUCCUGCGGCAGAUUCCCCUGCAGGACGUGGCCUUCCCGGACUUCAGGUGUGAGGAAGGCCAGGAGGAGGGGAGCUGCCUGCCCCGCCCACAGUGCCCCCAGGAGUGCGCCUGCCUGGACACCGUGGUCCGAUGCAGCAACAAGCACCUCCAGGGCCUGCCCAAGGGCAUCCCCAAGAACGUCACCGAACUCUACUUGGACGGGAACCAGUUCACGCUGGUUCCGGGACAGCUGUCCACCUACAAGUACCUGCAGCUUGUGGACCUAAGUAACAACAAGAUCAGCUCCUUAAGCAACUCCUCCUUCACCAACAUGAGCCAGCUGACCACUCUGAUCCUCAGCUACAAUGCCCUCCAGUGCAUCCCUCCGCUGGCCUUCCAGGGGCUGCGCUCCCUGCGUCUGCUGUCCCUGCAUGGCAACGACAUCUCCACCCUCCCAGAGGGCAUCUUCGCAGACGUGACCGCCCUGUCCCACCUUUGUCCACAUGGGGUGAACACCAGGCUCCAAGUAAGCCCGUCUUUCCCCGCUUCUCCCGGGCCCCGGAACUCGGAGGCCAGCUUUCUCCCUCACUCAUUUCCUCCCCAGACGCUUGAAUGCCAAGGUCCCCCCACUCUGGCUGUCCAGGCCAAGUGUGACCCCUGCUUGUCCAGCCCGUGCCAGAACCAGGGCAGCUGCCAUAAUGACCCCCUUCAAGGGUACAGGUGUGCCUGCUCCAGCGGCUAUAAGGGCCGAGACUGUGAGGUGCCCCUGGACAGCUGUUCCAGUGGCCCCUGUGAGAACGGCGGGACCUGCCACGAACAGGAGGGCGAGGAUGCUGGCUUCACGUGCUCCUGUCCGACUGGCUUUGAAGGACCGACCUGUGGGGUGAACACAGACGACUGUGUGGAGCACGCAUGUGCCAAUGGAGGCGUCUGUGUGGACGGCACGGGCAACUACACUUGCCAGUGCCCCCUGCAGUAUGCGGGAAGGGCCUGUGAGCAGCUGGUGGACUUCUGCUCCCCGGACUUGAACCCGUGUCAGCACGAGGCCCAGUGUGUGGGUACCCCGGAUGGGCCCAGGUGUGAGUGUGCACCCGGUUACUCCGGCGACAACUGCAGCGAGAACCAGGAUGACUGCAGGGACCACCGCUGCCAGAACGGGGCCCAGUGCAUCGACGACGUGAACAGCUACUCCUGCCUCUGUGCCGAGGGCUACAGUGGGCAGCUCUGUGAGACCCCUCCCCGCCCAGCUGCCCCCAGGAGCCCCUGCGAGGGGACUGAGUGCCAGAACGGGGCCCGUUGUGUGGACCAGGGCAGCCGGCCCGUGUGCCAGUGCCUCCCGGGCUUCGGCGGCCCCGAGUGUGAGAAGUUGCUCAGUGUCAACUUCGUGGACCGGGACACGUACCUGCAGUUCACGGACCUGCAGAACUGGCCGCGGGCCAACAUCACCCUGCAGGUCUCCACGGCAGAGGACAACGGGAUCCUGCUGUACAACGGGGACAAUGACCACAUCGCCGUGGAGCUGUACCAGGGCCAUGUGCGUGUCAGCUACGACCCUGGCAGCUACCCCAGCUCUGCCAUCUACAGUGCGGAGACGAUCAACGACGGGCAGUUCCACACUGUGGAGCUGGUCACCUUCGACCAGAUGGUGAAUCUCUCCAUCGAUGGCGGCAGUCCCAUGACCAUGGACAACUUCGGCAAGCACUACACACUGAACAGCGAGGCCCCCCUCUACGUGGGAGGGAUGCCGGUGGACGUGAACUCGGCCGCCUUCCGCCUGUGGCAGAUCCUCAAUGGCACCAGCUUCCACGGGUGCAUCCGAAACCUGUACAUCAACAAUGAGCUGCAGGAUUUCACCAAGACACGGAUGAAGCCGGGCGUGGUGCCGGGCUGCGAGCCCUGCCGGAAGCUCUUCUGCUUGCAUGGCAUCUGCCAGCCCAACGCCACCCCCGGGCCUGUGUGCCAUUGCGAGGCCGGCUGGGGGGGUCUGCACUGCGACCAGCCAGCUGACGGCCCCUGUCACGGCCACAAGUGUGUCCACGGGAAGUGCGUGCCCCUCGAUGCCCUUUCCUACAGCUGCCAGUGCCAAGAGGGGUACUCGGGGGCCCUGUGCAACCAGGCCGGGGCCCCCGCAGAGCCGUGUGGGGGCCUGCAGUGCCUGCACGGCCACUGCCAGGCCUCGGCCGCCAAGGGGGCGCACUGUGUGUGUGACCCUGGCUUUUCAGGCGAGCUUUGUGAGCAAGAGUCCGAGUGCCGGGGGGACCCUGUCCGGGACUUUCACCAGGUCCAGAGGGGCUAUGCCAUCUGCCAGACCACGCGCCCGCUGUCGUGGGUGGAGUGCCGGGGCUCCUGCCCGGGCCGGGGCUGCUGCCAGGGCCUGCGGCUGAAGCGGAGGAAGUUCACCUUCGAGUGCAGCGACGGGACCUCCUUCGCUGAGGAGGUGGAGAAGCCCACCAAGUGUGGCUGUGCCCUCUGCGCAUAGCGCCCAGUGCCCACGGGGAGGGGGCUGGCGAGAAGCCUGGCCACCAGGAGACCUGGGCUGGGGUCGGGCCAUCGCCAGGCGGCUCCUGGAUGGCUGGACCCUCUUGGGCGGGCUGGGGCCCACCUCUCAGGGGCCAGGCAGCUUUUCUCAAGCCGAACUCGAGCAGCUGGGGGCCAAGCG